GCUCCUCCCUCCUCUCCUCAGCCAGAACCACCAUCCCUCCCCCGUCUCAGUCCUCCUAAGUAACGCAAGAAGCCAUGUCUGCCCAAAACUUCCAGCAGCACCCUGCCGUUCGGACGGCCCAGGACAAGGCCAACUACUACCUGCACCAGCUGGACAAGGAGCUGUCAAAAUACUCGCUCUUCACCUCGUUCGAGCAGCGCACCCAGGUCCCCAAGAGCUACGCGUUCAUCGGCGCCGUCGCCAUCCUCGCCGUCUUCCACUCCAUCAACGUCUCCGCCGCCCCCGUGUCCAACCUCAUCGGCUGGGCGCUCCCCGCCUAUCUCUCCGUCAAGGCUCUCGAGACGCCCGGUCACCAGGACGACAUCCAGUGGCUCACCUACUGGGUCGUCUUUGGUUUCUUCAACUUCCUCGAGAGCUUUGCCCUCCGUGUUGUCCUCUACUACUUCCCCUGGUACUUUGCCACCAAGACCCUCUUCAUCCUCUGGCUCCAGCUGCCUGCCUUCCGUGGCGCACAAGCUCUGUAUGGCACCGUCGUCAAGCCUGUGUUUGUCAACGUGCACCACAAGACGAGCUCAGCGACGACAACGAGCACGGAGCACGUUGCGGUCGCAGCGGAGUGAUCUGCCUCGGUGCAUCGUUCGGUUCCUUUCGCUGUUAACAAGUUCGUAGAGUGCUCGCUACCAUGUCUUUCCGUUUCGCCACCUGGAGGCUUUUCUGUCUGGGUGUUGCGAGGAGUUGCAGGUGUGAAGGUGUUGGACGUCCUAGCCUGAUUCGUAUCAUAUGAUGGUUGUGUAUCUGACUGUUUACGAGUAUUCACGAUGUCAUGACCCUGGACCGUA